UCUUUUUGUUUUUUUAGGAAAUAGCAGCUAGCUUUGAGUUUGGGAACUUGCUCGUCUUUGUAUCUGAGUCUUGGCUCAGUUCACUGUUCGAGAAGAAGCUGGCUUUUGCUUGCCGAGACAACCGUCCGCUUGCACUCAGAUAUCGAGUUGCCUCAUCUUGUUAUAUCCCCUGUUGGAAUCACCCACCAGGAACAGAGAAUUGUUUUGCCUUUUGGUCAAGUGCGCUCAGUAGUACUUGUGCCUGCGGCGCAGAUGUUUCGGCUUGCCUGAACAGACGAGCCGGAACCAACCGGGACUGUGAGGCGACUGUAAGCAAGUCUGUAAGCAAGGCGACUAUCGAGGAGCUUUCUGCUUUUAUGCCGCAAGAAGUCCUUCUCACAGAUCAUGAGACACUUCGCAACAUGGUGACCGUGUGGGUGCUGUGAGCGAUAAUCAGCCGGCUGGCAACGGCACCAUGGCUACUCUGUCGAUAGCGCAUCGUUCUGACCAAUCAAGGCCACCACUAGGUCCGCAGGCAGCAGCCGGUGUUGCCGGUGGUGACUCAGGAGCAGACGCGUUCCCUGCAGUCAAUCCCAGCGCCGUGUUCGGCGAUGCGGUGCGAUUCUCAUCCACGACUUCAUCAAGUCGAACGAGUGAAACUACUGACAUUGUACGGGAACAGCGCGCUCCACUUCACGGUGGUGUUCCAACCGUGACCGUGCGUGCAGUCAGUGCCGAUGUGCCACUGCGCCACUUCCCGCUGCCGCCCAUGGCAGCGCUGUCUCGCUCACCGCCGAAUGCAGAUGAUAGUCUGGCUAAGCUCCAGCAGCGCGUAGAGGCUCAGCGCCAAUUGUCCCAUCAACAAGUGAGAUUGCGCCGUCACCUGCCCGACCAUCCGGUCAUCGUGGCAGCAGCACGCGUGACGGCGGCCGUGCAAGACCGGCCCGUUGUUCACGCCGCCGCUACCGCCGCCGCUCCGUCAUCAUCGGACAGGAUGGUGCGGCGCGUGGUCGGCUCCGUGGCACCGCCGCCCGCUGCACUGCCCCUCGUCGUCCACACCAGUCCCGUGGUGUCCAGUGCCUUGUCCAGCCUUGGUCCAGUUCACGCCCAUGCCGCAGCCACGCCCAUCCAAGGAGGCUCGAGGAAACACCGGUCAACUCCGGCUGCCGUUCCGCCGCCUUCAAAGCGCGUGUCCACUUCAAGGACGACAACAGCCGUUAGUAGCAGCAAGCCCACCACUUCCCUGGCUGCCAGAGACACGACAACACUUGCGCCCAGUGGUGCGGUGCAAACUACCCGGAAGGUAUGCAAGGUAUCUGGUCCAACACGUACCAUAGCCGCUUCGUCUUGGCGCAGCGGUCAAGCCGUAGUCAAUCGUGUUCUAGGUCCGAGCAGACUUCCUGCCGCGAGCACCGUCACUGGGUCUGCGGGCACGGAGCAGAAGAAGAAGGCCGCCGGCCGAGUCACCAAGAACAUCGGCGUCGUUCCAGCACCGCACCGUGCUGCUGCCGUCGCUGCUGCCGCCGCUGGCACUACUCCACCUGUGUCAGCUAGUGCCAGGCCAUUACCAACGGCCGGUAAGGUAGCUAGAUCUACUGCAUCCGGCGCCGCUGCUGCUGCUUCUAGCAAGGACACGGCGCAGGCAGCUGCAGAUCACCUCUCCUCGUCCAGCAGCAGUUCUGUAGCAGAUAGUAUGGGUGGCUUCACAGCACCUAACGCUGCAGCACAGUCAAUCCUGGAUGACUUACAACUGGACAAGAAAGACGGUGCAAAGGACUCGGAGGAUGACGUUAGUGACGAUGACGAUACGAAACCAUCUCACAACGGCCUACCUUUGGUUCCGGUUACCACCGUUGCCAUGCCAACCCCUGUUCUGCAGGCCACGGCUGUCCAGCGUCGCCAUGUCAACCAUCAGCGUGCAACCCCAGCUCACAAGUAUGACUACACUCCCAAGUAUCCGGAGAAAAAGGAAAGGCAUUACGAUGUGGAUGAGGUGCGUGCGUACAUCAACCGCCAGGCGCAGCUACGCAAGCAGCAAGCCCAACAAGAACAGGAGGCUAGACGCACGGUGAAGCGGCAGAAAGAGGAGCGCCUCCAGUUGCUCUCUGCACAGCGCCGUCAACAGCUGCAGGCCAAUGCUGUUGCACGCCAAGCCAGAAGGAGACAGGAGCAGAAUGUCCAGCAGGAUUCAUACCGGGCACAGAUCAACCGUCAAGUGGAAGCACUCCUGCAGGCUGAGCUUGCUGAGAGCAGUUCAGAGAAAGAGAACAUCGCAGAGCAGGGCGAUGGUAAUGCCAGCACACCCGCUGGCUUCGGCAUUACUCAAACCAUCGCAAGUUGUGAUGGCGGUGUUCAACCCAUGGAUGGAGGUGGCGACGGCGACAUUGGCAGGGCCACGCUUUUCCUGCGGAGUGUUGGCACACCGGAGAAGCCAUCGGUACCGCUGUCACCCCGUUCUCUCAGUAGCAAUACCCUGUCUAGCAUCCAGCCAGCCUCUCCGCGCAGUGCUGCCGACAUGGGCUGGCAACCUAUGGCCGUGCAUGCUGUGUCGCCGUCCCACACGCCAGAACAUCAUGUGCCCGUGGACUCGUCCACACCCUCUGCUUCGCCCCCAGCGGUCACUUUGCCAAAUUUGCCACUGCUCUCUUCGAGUGGCUACGAUGCUAGCCAUGCCCGCCCUGGAUCAAACAGAGCACCACCAGUCACAACUGGACGCUUUGAAGAUUCAGUAGCGACAGAGCAGCGGAGAAGGCUACUGGAGACUGUGGAAAAACUCAGCGCUGACCUUGAGGCGGAGAUGGCACGCAUACAGCAAGCCCGUGACCAGCAUAGCCUUGGGUUUGUUCCGACAACUGUCGACGCAGCUGCAAGUGCACCACAACAGCGCACAGAGAACGACCGCAGUGAACCAGUCGCCGACGUUGGUGCAUCUGCACUCCACGAUUCUACUAAUCAGCAUCAGCAGCAGCACGAUGGUGUAAGAUUGUCUAGUGUGUCAGCCGCAGACCCUGGGACUGUACGAGCGGCUGAGCGCGCUGCUGGUGGCAACGACGGUAACGAUGAUCAUGAUGAUACGCUGACGUUGACGGAUGCGUCAGCGGAUCUCUCCACCGAUGUGUCCCUGACACCUCCAGUGCGUGUGCAUAGCUCAGGUGACGGUGCAGUGUCGAUGUCCGCAUUGCAGGACACUGUGCCCCAGCAUUCUGUCAGUGACCGGGAUGCUGUAUCUCGGCUCACUGUUACGUCACAGCAGCUCUUGCUGCAUCUGACGACCGGCACGGUAGCAUCACCCGGGCCCGAUGUUGCUGUGAUUACAUCUGCCGCGGCCAUCGCACCCAUGCCAGUCAGCGUUACAUCAGCUCCAACUGCCAUUCUGCCUCCGCAUGGCAUGCCAGAAUCCUCAACAGCAUUCUACCCGGACAUGCCUGUAGCAUCAUAUCAGCAGACACUGUCAGCUCUGAGUGCUGCUGGUGCUGGUGGUGUACCCGAGUACCAAGCUGCUGUCACUGACAGUGCUCUUCCGUUUGCUCCGUCCGCGAGAAUGCCAUGGCAAGAGCACGGUGGAGGCAGUCACGAUAGCAUCAUCAACACUCACUUGCGUCGACAACGCCAGCAGCACCAGCGUCAACAAUCUCGUCACAAACGCAAGGCGGGAUCUGAGAAACACAGGGCGCGACCUGUUACUCAAGAACUGGUGCAAACCACCACGCAGGGUGAACUUCCUCAGCAUGAUGCUCCCCUUUCCGACCGUCCAAGCUAUCAGUCUGUUCCUGCAGCCAUGGCUAAAGAAGAUGUUGAUGCUGCAGCAGUGGCAGAGGUUAUGAUGUCGACACCAGUGCUAUCUGACAGCACAAUGACCAGUGAUCUAGGUGGUGAUUCGCUCACUGGCUCCGGUACCCUACCAAGUGGUGUGCAGCGCACUGGAGAUGAUACUGGUGUAAGGCACCGAGGUAUCCCGACUGCUGCUGCUGCUGCUGCUGCUGAAAUUGGUGAUAAGAACCUUCCUCCACCGGGACCAGAUGCUACAGAGCUUCAUGAUGGCAGAUUGUCACCGGCAAGUCUUCAGCAGCGGUUCCAAGCCGAGAUGUUGAUGUUGAAUGAUGUGGAAGAAGGUAUGCGGCAACUGAGCGAGGCCGAGAGAAACCAGGCAGUGGCCCUUGCACAACACGAGACCGUUUCCCUUGCACAAAUCAUCAAGGCUCGGCAGCUGGAGAAUCAGCAGCAGCUGGAUUCUUUAUCAGCCAACGCUCAGCGGGAGAAGGCUGAAGCUGAGGAGCAGCUGAGAAAGGCGCAGCUGGAGUCGCAAGCUGCUGCCUCUCGUGCUACCCAUCAGCAGGCACAACAACAAGACGCGGCAGCGGUUGCGGCGGGUAUGACUGCUCUAGAGUCUGUUGCAGCACAUGUCGAGAAAGCAGCCGAAGUGCAGCAGCAUACUAUGGAGCAAGUCAUUCAGGCUCAUCAAGACAGCACGGCUACUAUACUGCGCAAUCAUCAGCAAGACCUGGAGCGCUUUCAGGCCGAGUCGGCAACGUCAGUGGCAGCAGCUGCCGCCGCGGCUGCACUUUCAGCGCUCAUGUCCCAGCAUCCAAUGCCGCGAACGGAAGCUGCUGACAUUGCCAGUAUCGGAAUUCAGACUAGCGUGAUGGCGGGUAGCGCGUCGACGUCAUCACUGUCGUCCCCCUCGACUAGCCACGACCGCCUGUCGCCGUCCAGCCUCACUGAAGACAUCUCAGAUAGGUCGCUAUCCGAGUCACAGCCUCUGCGCUCGUCUCGGUCCAGCAGUCGCCGUUCCGAGCGCCUUAGUUCGAGUGCAGUGUCAUCGCGACUUGCUGGCAGCUCCUCAGUGGCAACAGGCGAUAGUCAUGAUACUCUUACAUCAAUAGCCGCAGGCUUGAGUGCAAGUGCCAGCAGUACUCUGCAAGCGUCCACGCCAAUUCAGCAGAAAACAUCCGAUUACAUUGCUGAGUUUGACAGCCUAAGUCAGCCUCUGUCAUCGGUUGUCGCAGGCUCUCAGGUGGGGUCUGGAGUUUCUUCGCAGCCAACUGUGACUGAGAGUACUCCUCUUUCUGAUGACGUUAGUGGGAGCUUUUCAUCUGGUGAAGUUUCUGUAGCAUCAUCCAUGGCUUCAAUUGACCUGAUGGCCGCGAGUGAAGGUCCUGCAAGCCCUGGUGAUUCGUUUACCGAGUUCACCUUAGACAUGGUCCGGCAACUGAUGCUGGAAGAGGAAACGCGUUCCAGACAUCAGGCCGCUUUGCUCGGUCUGCGUGAGAAAGCGAUUCGGGAGAAAGCCAGAGCCGAGAUGAGCCUUCUGAAGCAGCGAAUACGGUACUAUCAGAAGAAAGGUGACGAUGACAAGAUGCCACAACUGUGCAAGCGUCAGGAAGGCUUGAAGAGACGCGUGCAAGCUGAAACGGCUGAACUCAAGCGUCUGCAGUCAGCCAACGAAGCAGCACGCCAGGACCGACAGAGGCUGCUGCAGCAACAGCAGGACAUUGCUCGCCUGCGCGAAGAGACCAAAGCUUUCAAACAGCGUCUGAACAAGUACCGCUCUCGGCCUAGGGCACAGUCAUCACGCAACAAGAGUCCAGUCCGUAGUCCACUUCGUGCUAGGUCUCCGCGGACUACUGAGCACUCCCAGUCAUUAUCUUCCACCAGGACAUCGGUUGUCAAUGAGCUCAGUUCGGUGAUAAUUCCUGAGAGCCUUGCUGCAAGCUCGACUGGAGCUUCUAAACUGGAGGACCAACAAUCCAGAGUUUCAUCUCGCCACGAUACAUCCAUAUCGAGUGCUGAAUCAACUCCCACGUCAUCGGUGAGCGAACGUCUGAUGGCUGGCGAUGAAUCGAGCACUGGAACAGUAACUCCCUUGCCGCUCCGGUCAAGAUCAGUGACUGGAAGCUCGCGUGUGUCCAGUGCCCUGUCCCCGUCAUCACGGUCCGCCUUGUCAUCAUCGGCCAGUGUGCUCGAUGAGCUAGGGCGUACUGGAUCGACUUCGACUGGUUCUGCUACGCCAUUAGCUGAAGAUCUUCAGUCCUCCAUGGUGACUCACGACAGCAUUUCCCGAGUAUCUGGUGACUCUGUCACUGACUCGGUAGCUGACAUGCAUGCUGCGAGCGAAACCCUUCACAGGUCUGAUCUUGAGCACACUGGCAUGUAUGAGAGCAGCCAAACUUACUCCAGCACCAGCAACGUACAGAGCGGCAGCAGCACCAGCAAUGUACAGAGCGGCAGCAGCAAGCCUAGUCCAGCGGAUGGCCAUGAUGAGUCGAAAGUGUCUAUCCUGGAUAGCACGGCGGAUGAUUCCUUGGUGAAAAAGCUUGCCACUCUGAAAGAACGAAGUGAUGAAAGAGCCCUGAAACGCCGUGAGCAGCGACUUGCCGCUCAGCAAGCUGAAGUUGCCAAGCUGCUCAGCCAGCAGGAACGCAUACUGGCUCGCUCCCAUCAUCUUGAUGAGGAGAGGGCCAAGCUGCACACUGCAAUGGACCAGACACUCAGGCGCCAAACGGCAGCUCCGGCCAGUGGACCACCUCCAUCUUCUAAAGCCAAGAAAGGCAGUCCACGUGUUGCAAGGUCAGGCAUCGCAGCGCCAGCAGCUGAGCACCAUCAUCAAACUAGCUCUACCCUGACUGAAUCCACCACCUCCACCGCCACACCUAGCUCACACCAUGUCACUGCCUCAUCCAGGGAAUCAACCGCUGCGGAUGAGUCUUUCUUGGACGAGCUGCGGAGUGCCUCUGCAUCCGUCGCUGAUUUGGCUGCCUCCAGUCCAUCGCCAUCAUCGUCAGCUUUCGGUGCAUUGACUGUUGAUUCCGUCAGUACUGCAGCAGCAGAGGACAGUGUCUCCUUGCAAUGCUCUUCAGCCACUGCAAGCAUGGGGACGGAAAGUCAGAUUAGUGGGAGCAUGUCUGCAUCAGCGGAUUUACCAUCCUCGCAUAGGGUAGCCUCGUCAGACAUUCACCCACCGCCGUUCCACUCAACACUCAGUGACAUCUCCGAACAGGCGAGCAAACAAAGUGAAUCAUCUGCAGUGGACAUCAGCAGCUCGGACAGCUUCUAUGAAUCCGAGCAGAGUGAUGUAGAGGCAAGGAUCACGGCGCUUCGCAAACAGCUGCACAUGCGUCGUCAGGAAGCCCGGAACCUGGAGCGGCAGAGACGAGAGCAGCGGCGACAGCAGCUGCGUCAAAAAGAACUACAGCUCAAGACCAAGCUAGAGGAUCUCGAGGCCACUAUCGAGAGUCGCCGUGCCGAGUUAGCUCGUCCUGUGUCUCUUUCAUCCUAUCCGUCUUCAUCCUCCCUGUCCAUAGAUGAGAGCCCUGUACAGGCUAAACCAGACAGUGCCCCCUCGAAUGUACACCAGCAGCAGCAGCAGCAGCAACAACAGUCUCGUGAUGCCAUCAGAUCACAGCUGGACACUGUAGUGGUUUCUGCCUCCGCCAAGAAGUCUCCAUUGUCCUCCGUGUCCUCUCCACUCGACGCACCUCCCGUAAGACCAUCUUCAUCUGUGUCCUCUGCCAUGUCUGAAACCAUCUCUCUGCAGGACAAACUCGUCUCUGCAGGUGACUUGACCUCUGAGCACUCGCUGAGCAGCUUGAAAACAGCAUCUGCAACAGAAUCGAGCGGCAGUACACUGACCUCUGUAGCAUCUGAGCGGCAGGGCGUAGCUACUUCGACCUACGACAACACGUUUGUUGAUGACUAUACUCCCAUAUCGUCAGCCAUUGCUGGCGCCAGUGCAACAGCUGUUGACGAUGAGCAGUUUGAUCAUCAAGCAGGCGGUAGUGUCACUGCUAGUGAUGCUGAAGUGUGCAGCAGUGGCAGUGAAGAAGCAAGUGCGCACAGCUUUGCCAGCACGGGCUCUGCUAGUCGACUGGCUGCAGCUAUAGGACGUCCCAAAUCAUCGUCGACUUUGAUUGGUGAUGAAGACGUGCAUACAGCAUGCAGCAGCAGCAGCAGCUCUGUCUCACUCAGACACCAAGCGUCUAGAUCAGAACAAGCAUUUACUUCUUCUACAGCCAGUGAUAAGUCCAGGACUGCCACACGCCAUGACAGCAGCAGUAGCAGGAGCAUUACCGAAAGCUUGCCGUCUCAACAGUCAACGCACGACCGCUCGAUUGGGUCCAUCUCGUCAACAUCUCACUCGAGCCAUUCAUCUCGUUCCGGUUCUCUCUCUGAUGAUGCUGGUCUGCAUUCCCAUCAUAGCAGUCAAAUGCAGCGAUCUGACCAAUCUUCCAGCCACUCUUUCAGCAGUACGACUAGACAAGACUCGUCAGCGUCAAUCAACACCGCUGCAUCUGAAGUAACGUCUCCGUCAGAGUCCCUGGUGUCGUCGCGGCCACCGUCCGCAUCUAGUGCUGCUCACUCUAGCAGAGGUGAUAUCCAGGAUGACCACACGGCACAUUCCAGCUCCAGUCGUACCGAUGGUGAUGUGUCGCCUGGCCAGUCACAGCUGGUAGCUGAUGCUCAGUUAGCUUCAGCUUUUGAUGAACUCCGUUACCCUCGUGAUGUGCUGGGUACUCAUGACAACCUACGGCAAGAGCAGGAAGAACAUAUUGAGUAUGAUAUCGACAGUGUGCGAUCACAGUUGUCUGAACAUGGCACUGUGGAGGCUACUCAGUCAGCCAUUAGCGUGAGCAAUGAGCAACUGUCCAGAGAAGAGGUGGCUGGCCAGUUUCCAGAAUCGAUUCCGGAUGCCGUUAUCCCGCGUGAUGAUUUGUCUGUGUCUUCACACGAUAUUGUCAGUGCGAGCAGUUCAGAGGACACUGCUCCGAAAAGCAGCCACCGAGUGGCUUCACCAACAGUACUUGAUGUGCCUAGCCAGCAGGUGCAUCAUAAUGAACUUGCUAACACUGCUGACGGCUCGUCGGAACUGGCACUACUGCCCCAUCAGGCGGGGACAGUAGAGCUCAAAACCCAGACGGGCAGUCCAGCCGCAAGUCCCCUAGCCUCUCCGAACGAGUACAGGGCUCUUUCUCCACCACCACAGCGACCCCAGGCACCAGUGUCCGGAUUCUUGCAGUCACAGGAGCCUGCGGAUGAUCUCUUGCUUAGUCCCACCGUGCCAACAGCUGUUACAAGCGUGCAGCAGGCACUUGCCUCGCCAUCAGCAGCACAGGUUGACUCACUCAUAGCCGAGCUCUCCGACCUGCUACUCGCCGAUGCCGUGGCUUCAGUGGGUGUUAUUGCAAGCCAGCACGGCACGCCUUUGUCCCCACUCUCGCCGCACGUCACUCCCACCCACGCCGCCAUGUUCGAUGAGCUGCUGUCAUCUCGCCUUGAGCCUUUGGGCAGUGCUGCUGCGUCUAGCAGGUCUGUCGUCGACGGCCAUGGUCAAGAGCAGCAGCAGCGUAGCCAGCAGCAGCAGUCAGUCAACAUGGCAGUCAACGUGGCGGAACUGCGAAGACAGCAGCAGGUCAACGCUAUAGCCGAGUCUUUGCUUGCAGACCUGAUGGGCACGGCCAUGUCUGAUGCGCAGGUCGUACGCAGUGGUGGCGUACACGUAGUUGAUGUGAGGGACAGUAUACAGCCAGUGCAUGCCUCGUUGUCAACUGCUGGUAACAGUGCAGGUCCCCACACAGCCAAUACUUCAGCAUCACCAACCGCCAAUGACGAUAGGCCUACUAGUGUUGCAUCAGCGGCAUCAACAGUUGUGAUCAAGUCACCAGCACAACAUCAGCACAAGCAACAGGCAGCACCAACGUCUCCAGUAUCGCCACAGUCUCCUCCUUCGCCAUCUAACACUGGCCACGAGAAAUGCUUAUCACCAUUGCCUCUUACAAGCCCAUGUGUAUCGCCCACGCUGUCACUGCGUUCACCUUCUCCAUCACCGCCGCGCGAGUCCCUGGUCUGGGAUGCUUUUCCAACUGCUGCUGCUGCUGCCUCGAGCAAGAAAUCUCCAGCCGCAGGCACUGGUGAGCCUGCUGUGGUUCAUCAUCUCAACUUUGCCAAUGAUGCUGGUCUAGAAGCAGGUCAAGAGGAACUGGCUGUUUUUUCCGCUGGUGUUUGUGCCAAUUCGAAGCCUCUCUGUCAAAGUGCAGCUCAGUUCAUUGUUGCUCGGGACCGUGCUGAAUUUGAAGACUGGAUUGUCUCUGGAGCCGCCUCUUUCUCCGGCAGCAGCAGCAGCGGCGGCAACGGCGGUGCAGCUACACCAGAGUCCAGGUAUUUCCAAGAGCUAGUCUUCUCCAUGGUGCAAAGCACGUGGAAUGAAGUCAAGCAGCGCCCGCACACAUUGCACACAGGGCGGUCUUCCGGCCACGAGCCAUGGAAUCGGCCGUGUCAGUUUGUCAGCCGUCGCCUGGGAUCAUAUCGACUUCCGCCCAGACCCGGCAACAGUCCAUCACAAUGCUGUGACAUCAUUGCAAGACACUGCAAUGACGUGCUUAUGUCCAAGGUCAAACAGGUGCAGGGCUCUGGCGGUCGCCGCCGUGUUUCACUGUGGCGUCAAUCACCGAUGGUGUACCACGCAGCCAGCAGUGUCGAGGCUCUGGCGGCUGCCGAGAUGAUGGAAGAAGAGCACCAGUGGACCGACUACAGUUGCGACGAGGCCGCGGUCAAGUGCUCUUUGGCCGACGGCGUUCUGGACUCGCUGUGCCAAGAAACCGCCUCGCUACUGCAGCAGCUCAGUUCUACUCGUGUCCGCUGAUGUACACUUACCAUCGCUACCAGUACAUGUACUACUAGUAGUUGCGAUCGGCAUUCAGUCUUGAUCAAUAGCACUGCACUGUUGGCUGCAGUGGUGUGCUUUGUGGGCGGACACGUACAGCCUUUCCCACACGACAUCCGAAGACAUGUACGUGACAUAGUAAUCAUAUGGAGGGAUCAUGGAGCUGAAGAUGUGCUGUGCUUUCGCAAGGGCGUAAGUCGGCGUUCAAGAAACUAUGGUAGCUUUAACUUCCGGUAUGUACAUGUAGUUGUCCAUAGACGGUGGCGUCACUGAGCAGCUCCGUGUUUGGCAAUCAAGUAGUAUUUUCACGCGCACUCUUGAUUCUCACACUCCAGUCUUGACCAACACCCCUACGGUCUUAUUGUUGCAACCCUUUCCUUCUGGCCUGCUGCGUGUGUGUUUUGCCUCGCUUUCUUCCCGUAUCAUAUAAAUUAUGUAUGUAAUAACUUGAAGCAUGGAUUUCAGCAUGCAGUGUAUCUGUACUAAGGAUAACUUCUAAAGCAACAGAAGAUUUAGACCUCUGCAUCCCUUCCUUGCAAGUCACACACUACAAAUCAUAUCAACAAUCAUGGGCCUUUUUUUAAGUUUUUUUUAUCUGUUUAGUGUUUGCGCUGUGCGCUUGCCAUCUGUAGUUUUGCUUUUUGGUAUUUUGUGCGGGCUCUUCUUAUCUCCUGGGUAGACUUGUCGAUAUCUUGCUAUGUCGCUGUGUGAUAGCCACAAAGUGGUAUUAUAUGAGUAGCCUGACAUGUUAGAGCAUUGCUGCUGUCGUAUUAGACACUCACAUUGUCGCUGAUCUACACAUUGAUAUUUGUUUGAUAUUAUAUUUAUUUGUACCUAUGCAGCACUGCACAGUUUGUACGAGGACUUGGAGAUUAUGCAGUGCAUGUCUACAGCUUAUUUGAAUGCGUGCCUACUGCGCGGUACUAGUCCCUUGUAUAGUACGCGAGUUGUAGUGCGGGUUAGCAUACAGGUGUGAACGCUACGCACUUUUCCUACUUUUCUGCAUUCUGUACAUGUACUUGCUUUCAUGCACGUGUCGCUGGCAUACGCGAUACGGGCCGCGCGGGUUUGUGUAUUGUCUUUGUGGUACACUCUCACAACACCAACACACAGAAGUCUCUGCUGAGAGCACGGUGGCUCGGCAAUGGCCUUUAUUUAGAAUUUUUUCCUUUUUUUUCUUUUUUCUUUUUUUUCUUUUUUUUCUUUCCUAUAAUUAUUUGUACAUUUACAAAAAUAUAUCAACGAUCGACACAGCA